AUGGGACGAACGCAGCCGUCCCUUGGACUGGCGCCACCGGCUCAGCGCAAAGAUGCGAGGGCCAAAGCAGCUAGAUUGACCGCACACAAAACUAUUCCCGCAUUACUAACCAGCAGUGCCAGAGCGCGUAAGGGCGUCGAGGGAAGCACGCUGAUUGUUGACAGCCCCAUCCCUGGUGGCGAAGUUGGCGAAAAGGAAUCGGGGAAGCAAGGAAAUAACGGAGAUGACCACGGCGACAGGGUCAAGGUCCGAAUAGUUGUCGAUGAUACGCUUGCUGUUGCAAGGGCGAUGAGUCAGACCGCUGAGGCUGGGACAGACGAAGGCAAAUCAUCAUCCAGGCCCAAAAGGAACGUCACUGUGCUCAACAUGGCAAGCCCGCUGCUGCCAGGCGGAGGGUUCCUCAAUGGAGCGACGGCGCAAGAAGAGACUCUGUGCAAUCGUACCACCCUGUACCCGGCAUUGAGGGAUGAAUUCUACCGCUUGCCGGAAGUGGGAGCCAUAUGGACAGAGGAUGUAAUGGUAUUCCGAGACGAGUCCGGAAAAGACCUAAGCAAGCGAGAGCGAUGGUGGGUUGAUGUCAUCAGCGCCGGUAUGCUACGCUUUCCAGACGUAGAACGGGAACACGAAGAGCAAAAGUACACAAGUUCCAAGGACAGACACACUGCAAUCGAGAAGAUCAGGUGUGUCAUGGAAAUACUCAAAUCGAAAGGCGUGGAGAAGUGUGUGCUGGGAGCCUGGGGCUGCGGUGCGUACGGCAAUCCAGUCCCAGAGAUCGCGAGAGCCUUCAAGAAGGUGAUCUUGGGCGAAGCCAAAGGCCGUAAGACUGGCAAGGGGGUUUGUUGGGGCAGCCUGAAGGAGGUAGCUUUUGCGAUCAAGGAUGGGAAAAUGGCCUUGGAAUUCGGAAAGCACUUUGGGGUUGAGGUGGAAAUUGAAAAGAAACCGACGUUUGAUGAACAGGAGGAGACGAAUGAGGAAGAAGAGCGAGCCGCUGAGACACUCAGACACCUCGAGGACAAGAUCAGGGAGCUUGAUCUGCGUAUCAGUCGGUCCAAGAAUCCAGCUUUGAAGGCUCCCCUGGAGACCAUUCGUGCCGAUCUCGAACAUCAGCUGGCGCUGAAGCAGUCAUCAGCCACUGCCAACUCCGACAGCCUGGACGAGGAAGACAGUGAGAGCCAGAAUGAAGAUGGCACCGAAUCUGAAUGA